AUGGCUGCGACGAAAACCCCCCAAAUCAGCAUCAUCGGCUCCCUCAACAUCGACUUCGUAACAACAACACCCCGCUGCCCAGUCGCCGGCGAGACCCUGACAGCCACAUCACUCAGUGUAUCAGCGGGUGGAAAAGGCGGAAAUCAAGCUGUGGCCUGUGGUCGCUCAUCCUUCACAUCCGAGUCAACCCAAGAUGUUUCAGUCAGCAUGAUUGGCGCUGUCGGCGCAGACGAUCCAUACUACACCUCUCUUCUGAAGCCCGCAUUGGAAAGAUCAGGCGUCAAUACCACAGCCAUUGAGCAAUCCAGUGUCCAGACAGGCUCAGCGAGUAUUGUCGUUGAAGAAAUGAAUGGCGAGAAUCGCAUUAUGGUCGUCCCGGGCGCAAACCACGCUGGCAUGAUGACUGCUGUUGCGCCUAUUUUGUCUGCGCUGGAGAAGGAGGAGCCUGACGUUGUUGUUUUGCAGGGUGAGAUCCCGCGGAGCACUACACUUGGUCUGUUGGAGCAUUUCAAUGCAGGCAAUAAGGCGAAGGUUGUUUUCAAUCCUGCGCCUGUGUUUCCAGAGGGAAUCCCACUUUCGGCGCUGCAGGGGACGGCUGUCUUGAUUAUGAAUGAGACGGAGGUCGUGCAGAUGAUGGAAUCCAUUGGCGUUCCUAGUGAUGGAGAGUUGGUUCCUGAAUCGGCGGCAAAGGUCUUCCAUGAGCGCGCUGGUGUGGAGAUUGUUUUGGUCACACUUGGUGCGCAGGGAGUUUGUUACUCCACCCGGUCUGGGAAGACAGGCACUGUGCCUGGAGUGAAGGUCGCGAAGGUGGUGGAUACCACUGCUGCGGGCGAUACGUUCGUCGGAUACUUUGCGACUGCUGUGGCGCGUCUUCUGGCAACAGGACAGAGUCUGGAGGCAUUUGAUGAUGUCCAGAGUGCCGUGGAGAAGGCCAAUGCUGCUGCUGCGAUGUGCGUGCAAAGGCAAGGCGCGAUGCAGAGCAUUCCAUUUGCUUACGAUUUGUAA